AUGGCGAGUACCGGAGAUCUCGUUCGCACAUUCGAAACGUUAUUGCGAGGCGAUGUCGCGAUAGUUGGCGGCAAGAACUCCUCUCUCGGGGAGAUGAUCAGCGCCCUCGCAGCAAAAGGGAUCGAUGUACCCACUGGCUUUGCAACGACAUCAGCUGCGUACUGGCGCUUUGUCGAUGCCAACAAUAUCCGGCAAAAAAUAUCCGACCUCAUCUCGGAAUGGCAAUCGGGAAAGAGCCAGCUUGCGGAAACUGGUCAGGCCAUAAGGAAGUUGUUCCUACGUGGUGACUGGCCAGAGGAUACGGCAACUGCCAUCAAGAAUGCCUACUGUCAGCUUUCAGCCAGUGCUGGAAUCGAGAAUUUAAGCGUCGCCGUACGUUCCAGCGCAACAGCAGAAGAUUUACCCGAUGCAAGUUUUGCCGGUCAACAGGAAACAUUCUUAAAUAUUUCAGGCGAAGCGGCAUUGUUGACCGCCUGUCGGCGCUGUUAUGCUUCACUGUUCACCGAUAGGGCCAUCAGCUAUCGUCAGAACAAGGGGUUCGACCAUAUGAUCGUUGCACUUUCGAUCGGAGUCCAGAGGAUGGUUCGCUCUGAUCGGGGAGGUUCCGGGGUAAUGUUCUCCAUCGACACGGAGAGUGGCUUCGACAAGGUGGUGCUCAUCAACGCAGCCUACGGACUCGGGGAAACGGUCGUGCAAGGCGCGGUCAAUCCCGAUGAAUACCAGAUCUACAAGCCACUUCUUAACGAUCUCAAACUGGUUCCAGUCAUUGAGAAGAAAAGGGGAGAAAAGCAGAUCAAGAUGGUAUAUGGUGGGGAAGAUAUGCCAACCCGUACUGUGCCGACCUCGAAAGCAGAGCGAGCCUCGUAUGUGCUCAACGAUGAAGAGAUUCUUCAGCUAGCACGGUGGGCUUGCAUCAUCGAACAACACUAUGGUUGCCCGAUGGACAUGGAAUGGGCUAAGGAUGGAAUCACAGAUGAACUAUUCAUCGUCCAAGCCCGGCCAGAGACUGUCCAUUCAUGUGGAGAUGCAGCUACUUUCAAAACCUAUAACGUCGGCAAGAGAGGCACAAUAUUGACGAAAGGGCUUUCAGUCGGUGAAGCCGCCGUAUCUGGUCGCCUGUGCCUCAUUGAAAACGCUCGAGACAUAAGCAAAUUUGUCGACGGCUCGAUAUUGGUGACGGAAACGACUGAUCCGGACUGGGUGCCAAUCAUGAAACGGGCCGCGGCCAUUAUUACAGACCACGGCGGGCGAACUUCACAUGCCGCAAUUGUCAGUCGAGAACUGGGUGUGCCGGCGGUGGUUGGGACGGGCAAUGGUACCUAUGUGCUACAUUCCGGCGAGGAUGUAACAGUCUCUUGUGCUGAAGGUGACGUCGGCUUCGUUUACGAUGGCAUCUCGGAAAUCAAAACUAAAACCGUGGAUCUAACGGGAUUGCCUCCGACUCGGACCCAUGUCAUGCUCAAUCUCGCGAAUCCCGCCGCCGCAUAUCGCUGGUGGAAAUUACCCGUCGACGGCAUCGGCCUUGCCCGCAUGGAAUUCGUGGUCACCAACGCGAUCCAAGUGCAUCCCAUGGCUCUCGUGCAUUUCGACCUGUUGAAGGACCAAAGAGCCCGGAAAGCGGUCGAGAAGCUCACCAUCGGCUACGACAACAAGCCUGAAUACUUCGUCGACAAGCUAUCGCGUGGGUUCGCAGCGCUGUGCGCCGCUGUCUAUCCCAAGCCGGCCGUCAUCCGUAUGAGCGACUUCAAGACAAACGAAUACGCAAACCUCAUCGGCGGCGAACAGUUCGAGCCGAAGGAAGAAAACCCAAUGCUCGGUUUCCGUGGUGCCUCGAGAUACUACUCCCCCCGCUAUAAGGAAGGUUUCGCCCUUGAAUGCCAAGCGAUCCGCCGUCUCCGCGACAAGAUGGGCUUCACCAACGCCAUCGUGAUGAUCCCCUUCUGUCGAACGGUCGGUGAAGCGGAGAAGGUGCUGGAAGUGAUGGCGGAAAACGGGCUGACUCGGGGAGAGAACGGGUUGAAAGUCUACGUCAUGUGCGAGAUCCCCUCCAAUGUCAUCCUCGCCGACCGCUUCAUGGAGAAAUUCGACGGGUUCUCCAUCGGCUCGAAUGACUUGACCCAGCUGACCCUCGGCGUGGACCGCGACUCGGGCGAGCUAGCGGAUCUAUUCGACGAGCAGGACGAGGCCGUCCGGUGGAUGAUCUCGACGGUGAUCGCGCAGACGCGGAAGACGGGGAACAAAAUUGGGCUAUGCGGACAGGCGCCGAGCAACCACCCGCAGUUCGCGCGGUUCUUGGUGGAGUGCGGGAUUAACUACAUCUCGGUCAGCCCAGACAGCUUCGUCGCUGUCAAACAGCAUGUGAUCGUUGCCGAAUCAAACAAGGCAAGGUUGGGGAGCGACGCAUCUGCUACACCGUCGUUUUUAUGA